GAAACCAGGAAAUGAAAAUAAUGGACGCGAUGUGUUGGCGUUCUGAAAGAAAGAGGUGCAAAGUGCAAUAAAAACCUCACAUUAAUUCGUGUUCAAACGGCAGUCGGUCGACUGGAAAAUGCAAAACAACAACGAAUAAGCAACCAAAUUCCAAAACAUCAGAAACAAGGAAGGAAGGAAACGAAGCAGGAAGGAUGGGUAAGAAAGACUCCUCCCUGGGCCGGGCCCCCGUCGAUCAGUACCGCAAACAGAUCGGUCAACAGGACUCUAAGAAGAGCAAAUCAGCCCUGAAGGCCACCAGACUGCAGGCUGAAGCCAAGAAGAAUGCUCCUGGUAUCAAGGAUGUCCUGCUGGUCAUCGUGGCCAUCCUGUUCUUCCUGCUCUGUGUGUACGCCUUCUUCUACCUGAACCUGAGCACUGAGCUGGACCUGGACGUAGACGUGGACUGAAGCAGGGUGGCUAUGGGGACGGGGUUGCCAUGGAAGCAGAAGGAUCCGAUGAGAAACACGGCCAGGGGGUUGUGACAUUCCCUUGACUGUUAUGCCUUGCUACUGGGUUGACCCCUGUACACACAUUUCCAAGCUAACGCUUCCUAACAGUGACACACACUACGUGGUACACGGUUGCACCCUCACAGAUACACACACACACAUUCAUAUCCACACUUGACCUAGUCGGAAUGGCCAUCUGUGAUGUCCGAAGUCAUUAAGGAAACUAGUCAGGCUCAAGUUUGGAGCGUGACUGUAGUAUGGGCAGACAAAUGUCUUCCUCCAGGAAAUGACUGUCUAUUUAACACGACACGACACCAAUGAUCCGUUGCCUAUGUGGGAGAUUAUCAAAAUGUAGCUUCACUCUGGAAAAAAACACAACAACAAAAAACCCUGUUUGGGCUGCAUUGAUUUUGUCUAAAGAGGAGAUGGACAUAUUUGUGCUCUCAUUUUUAGUCUUACGAUCAACAGAACCCAAUGCUUGAAACAUCCCAGAGGAUCCUCGAGCACUUCGGCCUGUACGUUACUGUAUGGUAAGGAGUCUGCAAGUCAUUGGCUACUGACUCACGUCCCUUUGUUUUUCCCGGACGAAUAGAAAAUGUUCAUCUUAGAUUCAGCCUGAAAACAAAGACAAUCACUCAUCUCGUACUGCCGAGCACAAUCUUCCACUUUCAGAUCUAGCGAUGAACAAAGUGUGAGAUUAGAGUGACAAAUAUGGUUUCUGAUUAAACGUGUGUUCCGAAUACCGACCAACACAUUUUGCUGUGGCUAGAUUCGACUGCAGCACUGAUAAGCAUUCGAAAAUAGGACCUUAUAUUGUUUUAACUAUGAUUCUUUCAGAAAGUAAAAAAAAAAGGUGGAAUGGGAAUCUCUCCACACAUCUAAGACCUCAAAGCUCUCUCGCCUACUCCAUAGUUGCCCACAAGGCAUGUUGUACAUUAUUGAACACAAAGGCAUAUCCAAAUAUUUGCCUUCGAAGCCUUGUUGCCUUGCCUCAUGCAAUGUAUGCUUGUUGUUUUGAGAAGAUAAAAAAAAAUAUGACCUUCCAUUAUCAUCCUUCGCUCUGUAGGGGCCAAGGCUGCUUUUGUGUCUUAUUGGCUGUUCUUUUGAGUGUGUUUGUUUGGGGUUAGGGCGUUACUGGUUUGUACGAUCAAUAACAGUGUCAAUAUAUAUGCAUGAUUGUAUUUCGUUUGUAAUGGGAUAAUCAAACAUUCUGUGUAACGCCUUUUUUUCUUGGUAAAUUCACACUUGAAGAGUGCUAAGCGGUGAAAAUAAAGACUUUGUGCUCGAUUUUUGGGGUAUGUUGGUGGGAUUUUCCCAACAGAACUUCAACAUAAUUAUGCUGCAAUAACACCACCUUUGUCUCUCUUACUGUGCGUCAUUCCUGUUGAGAUUUUAGUAACUUUGCCAAGAGGACAUGACCAAAGAUUUGAAAUAAAAGCAAUUUCUUAAGUGGAAA